CUCUGCAUCUAGCCUGAAGGAUCCAACGUGCAGCCCAACAAGCACCAACAAGUCUACGCGUUAACCGAUAUUUAGUCUGACAUGCAUAUAGAGUCGCCAAUCAAUGGGCAAUUUCUAGGUUUGUAGGUACUCAGCUCAUACUGGGAUCAUGAUCCUGGUUGGUUAUCUAUGUUGCUUCGGCAAGGCAGUCUUUGAUUUGAAAUGCAUCAGGCUCGCAGCAAGGUUGUGCUUCUCGCUAUGUGAAGAAGCUAUUGCCGCGAUUGUUAUCGUUUUCUUCCCUCAACCUUUUCUUACAAACACACCAGCUCAUUGCUUUGACUCAGGACUCACCUGCUUCGUAAGAUACAGGCGGCUACUUGGGAGGACGACUCCUUCUUACCGUCUUAUUACCCACCACCAACCGGUUGGGGAGAGCGAACAAGAAGCUAUCGAAACGAGCAACAAGCGCAAUUCCUCAUCUUCAAGGCCAAUAAUGGAAAGAGGACGGUGGAUCACCGUAUCGGCAGCUUCAUCCGCCGAAGAUGAGGCUCGGUCACUUGAACCUGAUGUACAAGAGGAUUCCAGUCGCGCAUCCCUCAUAUCCAUCACGUCAUUGCCGUCUAGCACUGGUGAGGCCGGCCAAGAAAGAACACAGAAUUUAGAAGAAAUGUCAUAUCUAGAGGUCAAGUCAGCUACCACCCAGGAAAAUUAUUGGCAUAAUGGCGUAUUUGGGAUUUUUGUGAUUAUUUCCAAAUGGAACUCAACAUAAUCGCGCAUGGCUGAACAUUGUGUUGAGUGAACGAGCGCUGAUCUCGAUAACGAUUUCGGCUGUGGUUUUACGAACGGCUGUAUCUGUUCAGGAGAUUGGUGUGACCUCGAUGCUGGCCAGUAUCAUACUUGAAC